UGCCUUUAGGGAGCCAGGCUGAAUACUUGAGCCGAAGCGCUUAGCAAGACUCAGCUUUUCUAGUACAGAUUGUUUGUGUGGUUGUUUUCCUCAUAGUAGCAGAGUUCUGGAUAGUGACUUCAUAGGAAGAUAGAUUUCUUAUUUUAAAAGCACCAUGAAGCAUCCACUUCCACGGGGGCAGAAGCCCCCCGUGGUUUUAGAGUGCUGGUCUUUGAGAUGUCACUGAGAAAUGAAAGGCAUGUAGAUACAUCGACGCUGAAGAGGGUUGCUGCAGACAUGAGCAAUAUAAUAGAGAGCCUGGACACGAGGGAGCUCCACUUCGAGGGGGAAGAAGUGGAUUCGGAAGUGCUAAGUGAUCCAAAAACUGCCGUGAUCAUUCCAUUCUCUGCAAUUUAUCACACACGUGGAUUCAAAGAGCCGGAUAUACAGGCGUAUCUCAAGGGCUGUCCUAUCAGAGUGCGUGUUUUGGAAGUUGAACGUUUUACUUCAACAAAGAAGGUACCAAUUCCAAAUGUUUACACUAUUGAGUUAACACAUGGAGAAUUCACAUGGCAAGUGAAAAGGAAGUUCAAGCAUUUUCAGGAAUUUCACAGGGAAUUGCUGAGGUACAAGGCCUUUGUACGAAUCCCGAUCCCUACGCGGAGUCACACAGUGAGAAGACAAUCUAUCAAAAGGGGAGAGCCGAGGCAGAUGCCAAGUCUGCCGCAUACCUCAGAGAGUACAGUCCGAGAAGAGCACUUCUCUAGCAGGAGGAAACAGCUGGAAGACUACUUGGCAAAGAUAUUAAAGAUGCCAAUGUACAGGAACUACCAUGGAACAAUGGAAUUCAUUGGAGUAAGUCAGCUGUCGUUCAUCCAUGACCUAGGACCAAAGGGCAUAGAAGGCUUGAUCAUGAAACGGUCCGGGGGCCACAGAAUACCUGGCCUGAACUGCUGCGGCCAAGGAAGGAUGUGCUAUCGAUGGUCCAAAAGGUGGCUGGUAGUGAAAGACUCUUUCCUGCUGUACAUGAAGCCAGAUACUGGGGCCAUCGCCUUUGUCUUGCUGGUGGAUAAAGAAUUCAACAUUAAGAUAGGCCAGAAAGAAACAGAAACUAAAUAUGGACUGCAGAUUGACAAUCUCUGUAGGUAACUGAUUUUGAAGUGUAACAGCUACAGGCAUGCCCAGUGGUGGAGGCAAGGAAUAGACGAGUUCAUUCGGAAAAAUGGCAAGGACUUCCUAACAGAGCACAGAUUUGGAUCUUACGCAGCGGUGCAAGAAAACACAUUGACAAAGUGGUAUGUAAAUGCUAAGUGGUACUUUGAAGAUGUUGCAAAUGCCAUGGAAGCAGCUAAAGAAGAAAUUUUCAUCACAGAUUGGUGGUUGAGCCCAGAAAUCUUCAUGAAACGACCUGUUGUAGAAGGAAAUCACUGGAGACUGGACUGUAUCCUCAAGCGGAAGGCACAACAAGGAGUGAGAAUUUUUGUUAUGCUGUAUAAAGAAGUGGAGCUUGCCCUAGGAAUCAACAGUGAAUAUAGCAAGCGGACGCUCAUGCAUCUUCAUCCAAACAUUAAGGUGAUGAGACACCCGGACCACGUGUCCUCCUCCGUGUACCUCUGGGCCCACCAUGAGAAGCUUGUCAUCAUCGACCAGUCCGUAGCAUUUGUUGGUGGCAUUGACUUGGCCUACGGCAGGUGGGAUGAUGACGAACAUCGCCUGACUGAUGUUGGCAGUGUUAAACGCGUGGCGGCAGGAAAGUCAGUGUCGACAAUCAAUCUGGCAUCUGCAGCUGAGUCAUCGGAACAUAUCUCCCUGGAGUCUCACGCUAUGUCCCCAGAAAACCAUCUGCUCCAGAGAAAUGAUGAAGAUGCCUCAGACGUUUCAAAAAUGAAAGGGAUAGGAAAACCCAAAAAGUUUUCAAGGUUCACUAUUUACAAGCAUCUCCAGAAACAUGGCAUGCACCAUGCUGAUAGCGUCAGCAGCAUAGACAGUGAAUCAAGUUAUUGUAACACCAAUAGAAGUCAACCGAAUAUAAUCCAGAGUUUAAAACCCCAUCUGAAAAUGUUUCAUCACCACACUGAAUCCAAACAGGGGCUCGCUGAGCCUCGGGAGGAUAAAGGGUCAAUCCGCAGUCUGAAGACAGGUGUUGGCGAGCUGCUUGGGGAAACCAGAUUCUGGCAUGGAAAAGACUAUUGCAACUUUGUCUUUAAAGACUGGGUUCAGCUUGACAAACCUUUUGCCGAUUUCAUUGACCGACACACCACACCGAGAAUGCCGUGGCAUGAUAUCUCCUCCGUGGUGCACGGCAAAGCUGCACGCGACGUUGCACGUCACUUCAUUCAGCGCUGGAACUUCACCAAGAUCAUGAAGCCCAAAUACCGAUCCCUGUCCUACCCAUUCCUGUUGCCAAAAUCUCAGGAAACUGCUAACGAGCUGAAGUACCAGGUGCCCGAGGCUGUUCAUGCCACAGUCCAGGUGAUCCGUUCUGCUGCUGACUGGUCGGCUGGCAUUAAAUACCAUGAAGAAUCCAUCCAUAGCGCUUACGUCAGAGUGAUAGAAAACAGCAAGCACUACAUAUAUAUAGAGAACCAGUUUUUUAUUAGCUGUGCUGAUGACAAAGUUGUCUGGAACAAGAUAGGAGAUGCAAUCGCUCAGAGGAUUCUUAAAGCUCACAGGGAAAACAAACGUUUCCGAGUAUAUGUGGUGAUCCCACUGUUGCCUGGAUUUGAAGGAGACAUUUCGACUGGAGGUGGGAACGCGCUGCAGGCCAUAAUGCACUUCAAUUACAGGACCAUGUGCAGAGGAGAAAAUUCAAUUCUGGGCCAGCUGAAGGCAGAGGUUGGAGAUAAGUGGAUAAACUACAUAUCGUUCUGUGGACUUCGAACAUAUGCAGAGUUGGAAGGAAAACUAGUCACUGAACUCAUCUACGUUCACAGCAAACUGCUUAUUGCUGAUGACAACACUGUCAUAAUUGGCUCCGCUAACAUCAACGACCGCAGCAUGCUUGGGAAACGGGACAGUGAAAUAGGAAUCAUUGUGCAGGACACAGAAACCAUCCCCUCCGUGAUGGAUGGAGAGGACUACAGCGCUGGAAAGUUUGCUCAGUCUCUCCGCCUUCGGUGCUUUAGGGUUGUACUUGGCGGCUCGGAUCUCAAUUCAGACCACCAGGAUCCUGUUUGUGACAAAUUCUUCAAGGAGGUCUGGAUUGCAACAGCAGCCCGCAAUGCCACCAUCUUCGAUAAGGUUUUCCGGUGCCUUCCCAGUGACCAGGUGAAUAACUUAGCCCAACUGCGUGAUUUCAUCAACAAGCCAAAAUUAGCAAAUGAUGAUCCUGUGAAAGCAGCAGAAGAAUUGAAAAAGAUUCGUGGUUUUCUAGUACAAUUCCCCUUUCGUUUUCUGGAGGAAGAAUACUUGCUUCCUUCUGUUGGAACAAAAGAAUCCAUGGUGCCAAUGGAGGUUUGGACUUAAGAAGAUUGAGACUGCUUUACAUUUUAAAGUCUAGUUCCCUAAAGACAAGUGUAUGAACAGUAUAUGAUUUCAGAAAGCAUUUUAUUGUGAAGGGAGGCAAAAAAGGUCUCCGCCAAACUAACGUGCCUUUCGUAAGGAUUUUGGUGGAGGAACCUCAAGCAAAUUGACACUAGCAGAGGAGAGGAUCAAAAAAGACUUGGAAAUUAUGACAAACGAGAAGUUUAUUCUCUUGCUACUUUAGGCAAUUUGUGAGCACCUAAAGGAUGCAGGCUGCUUCCUAGGAAGGAAAACAAAGCCUAAUAGAUUAUUACUACUGCCAGUGAGGUUGUAACAUACAGUAAUUGUGACGUGGCUGCGCAGGAGCUGUGGGAUGCGUGUGCUUUUUAAAGCUUUCAGAUAUCGGUGCGUUUGCUUGCUGGAGUCCCCUCAUCCCAUCUCUGCUCGUAUUCUGCCAGGACGCUUCUCGCAGCUCUGUCGUUGUUGGGAAGUGCUGCUUGAUGCUGCCUCGGGCGUUCCUGUGAUCACAGCUUGUCAAGUGUAGAUGUUUCAUUUCUUUUUUGGGAACGGGCUAGCAAUCUUUUAUCAGACGCAGUAUUUUGGUCUCUUCUCCCCUCUCGGUGGGGGGAAGUGUUUUUACUACAGCUAGAGCAAUCAGCAGUCCUCGCAAUAUGCAGCAUGGUGCUGUGUAGAUCUUAGCAAAGGGCAGCCUCAAUGGAGCUAAAGGUGUCAGAAAUCACUAGUUUUCUGGCUCUUACAGACAUGUAGUACAUCAAUUUGUUUAAACUGCAGGAAGGCUUCCUCCAAUAGAGGAUCAAGUUUUAAACUGAAGCCUUAGAUCCUUCUCACUGAAGGAAAGUGAGGUGCUAUGUAUGACAGGGAACAGAAACUCAAAAGCUAGCCUGGCCAGGUUCAGCUCUAUGCUUUGGAUCCUUUAGCCAUGCAUUUAUAUUGCAUUAAAUGGAUGGACUUUUCUUUCCAUUCCUUUUUUUCCCUAUUUAGAAGAAGGGAGAGCCCAUUAAGCUAGAGGUGAAACAUUAGGCCAGCAGUGCUCAAACUGAGUUCCCAUCUCACUUUGUAGAUGGGUGAAUGCAAGGGGGAAAGGGAGAGCUUGCCUCUACGAUCUGCUCUGUAAUUAGACUGGCCAUAAUCUUGAGCUCAGUCGUGCAGAACGUUCUUCCCGAGUACAGAUAAGCUUAACAUGUCCAGUCCUGUUUUGCAUUUCUGUAAGACAGUUUCCAAAACUAUUUUGCAUCUUGCUGUGUAGUGAAUCAGCCAUGCGUAUACCCCAUCCCUGGGCAAAACGCUACUGCCCCUGGGUCAGGACAUAGCUCGGUUGGUGCUGCCCCAGGUCGGUAUGCCAUCCUCCAUCCUCUGCGUCUCCCGAUUUCAUGUCCUCCCUGCAUACCAGCUGUGAUCUUCGGAGCUGUGUGCCUCAGAGGGUGGGAAUGCCGUGUCAAACGCUGAGAGAGCAGACCGUUAGAAAUACCUAACGAGAGAGUCUGAUCUGUGAAAGUGGGAAGCUGAACUCCUCUGCCAUGAGUGCUUCCAAGGGGAGUCCCUUCGCUAGCUGGAAUGUAGAUGUGCUCCUUAACCCUGUGUUCCUCAAAGUGCUCAAAGCUCUUUAGUCAAAAGACUAGAUGAACUUUUAUUUACUUUAGUUUAAAAAAAAAAAAAGAAAGUGUUCAUAGGGAAGUUUUUUUUUUCCCCUUUGUUUAAGCUUCCAGUGGUCUUAUCUGUUUUUAGCUGGAAAAGAAUCACACUGUUCCUCAAGCUAAUCCUAAAAUAUGGCUGGCACCAUCUCUUACAUUUUAGCUGAUUGUCUUCUAUAUCUUAAAUGUCAAUAGGUACCAAGUAAUUUUGUAUGCUGCGUCACCUGAGUAAGUAACAAACAAACAUUCCUCAAAGGCAGCCGAAGUUUCAGCCAGUUCCUACAAAUUCUACUAUUUUACGCUCUUUUUUUUUAUAGGUGCAAUUGUGAAUUACGCUCCUUUAUACUUGGUGAGUCUGUGGUUUGGUUAGGCUGUUGGAAGUGCAUGCGCAGCAUUUUAGGUGAUAACCUUCAUUGGUCCAGGGGGUUGAGGCUUUCGGCUGGUGCACUGUAAA